AUGGUCCGCUCGUUUGCUGCCGUCGCGGUCUUUGCCGCCUGCCUCGUGGCCGCCGACGCCGCCAACAUCGCGUCGUCGCUCCAGCACAAGAACACGAUCUUGGAGCGCCUUCAACUCGAGGGUCAGCUCGAGGCCGGCAUCCCGGACCUCUAUUUCGACAAGCAGAUUCUUGACCACGGCCACGACAACUGCGGCGGCAACACGACCGCGUACUGGAAGCAGCGCUACCACGUCAACGACGAGUUCUACGGCGGCGCCGGGUCGCCCGUGUUCUUGUACAUUCACGGUGAGAACGUCGCCGAGCCCGGUUACAUUACAAGCAAGGGCAUGCACGUCGUCAAGAUGGCGCAGACGCACAAGGCGCUCCUCGUCGCGCUUGAGCACCGCUUCUACGGCAAGUCGCAGCCGACGUCGGACAUGAGCGACGAGAACCUCAAGUACCUCUCGGCCGACAACGCGAUCGGCGACAUUGCGACCUUCCAGGACUUCUUUGUCGCCAACCGCAACAUCUCGGCGGCGUCGCCGUGGGUCGCCUUUGGCGGCAGCUACCCCGGCAUGCUCGCGGCCUGGACCAAACUCCAGCUGCCCAAGCGCUUCGUCGGCUCGGUCGCGAGCUCGGCCCCCAUCGACCUUGUCGCUGACUUUCACCAGUACGCCGACAUUGUCGGCCGCGGUCUCAAGCAGUACGGCGGCGACGAGUGCCUCAACACGCUCCGCGAGGGUCUCAAGCAGGUGCACGCGCUCGUCGAGUCCAAGGACGCGGCCGACGCCGCGACGUUCCAGAAGCUCUUCAAGCCGUGCACGGCGUUCGGCUCGGAGAUGGACAAGAUGCUCUUCGAACAAUCGAUCAUGGGCACGUACCAGGGCUUCGCGCAGGGCAACGACUAUGAAAAGUAUGCACUCAAGCAGGCGUGCGCCGACUUGACGGCCAAGAACGGCCUCACGCCGCUCGAGAAGGUCGCCAAGAUCAACCAGCUCUCGUGGAACCCAGCGACGCCGGACGACAACUGCUCGGCGAGCGACUACAUCAACCAGUACGUGAUCUGGCUCAAGAAGACCGAGACGGACACGGUCAACAUUUACCGCCAAUGGACGUACCAGACGUGCGCCGAGUUUGCUCAAGUACCUUAG